AUGAAAUAUAUAUGUGACGUGCAGCCGGAGGAAGUUGUGGAGACGAUCAACGAACAUGUGAAGAAGGCCACCAACAACCUCAUCACCUCUAUCAUCUCAGCUACGGAUGUCGACGCUGAGACCGAUCUGGUGCUCGCCAACGCCGUCUACUUCAAGGGAGCGUGGCUCAAGCAGUUCGGCUCCGGCUCGACGGCAGCUCCAGACGCCGAUGUUAUGCAGUUCUCCAUGCUCAUCUUCCUCCCGGACGAGCGCCACGGGUUUGCCGCCAUGGUGGACAUGAUCACCGCGGCGCCAGGUUACCUCUACAGAAUCCUGCCCAGGAGGCAGCCCGAUCUCACCAUCAUCAAGAUGCCCAAGUUUGAGAUAAGCUUCGACUGGAACCUCGAAAGCGACCUGCGUCGGCUGGGCCUGUCGCUGCCAUUUUCGCCGGAGGCGGCCGACUUGCGUGGCAUGUUCGAUAAGAACGACGGCGGACGCACGGCCUUCCUGACAAGGGUUGUCCACAGAGCGGUGGUCAAGGUGAACGAGCAAGGCACGGAGGCAGGCGCGAGCACAGCUGGCAUGCGUGGUGGCGGCCUGCCGCCCAACGUUGUGGAGUUCGUCGCCGAUCAUCCGUUCACCUUCCUCAUCAUGGAGGAACAGUCCGGUGUCAUCGUCGAUCAUCCGUUCACCUUCCUCAUCAUGGAGGAACGGUCCGGUGUCAUCGUCUUCGCUGGCCACGUCCUUGAUCCGACCAAGUGA